GGUUAUGUUGUGGUUAUGGUUGACAGAUCGUGUGUUCGUUUGGUAACCUUAAAAAAUAAUUAUGCCUCAAACAGGAGCAACCCGACGCCAGAAAUUUCUCAAAUCUGAGAAGUCAAAAACAAAAUUAAAAGGUAAAAACAAGGAACUCCCAAAAGGUACAAAUGUGACUAAGACAAACUUUAAAGUAAAGAAAAUUGUGCUAAGAGAACAGCUGAAAAAGCAUGGUGAAUCAGAAGCACUGUCCACAAGAAAACUAAAUAUAAAGGAGCUGUUGUCACGUCUCAACCAUUUUAAUACUCACUCUCGGACUGAAGCGCUAAAUGGAAUAAAAGAACUCAUCGAAUUUCAUCCUGAAGUCUUAGAGACCAGUCUAGGGGAGCUCGUUCAUGGAGUAACACCAUUAGUAUUGAACAUUGAAAAAGGUGCGCCAUGAGUCUUUGAAGACAUUACAUGUAAUACUGUCAAAAGCAAAUAUUGAAAGGAUUGAUCCCUUUUUUGACAUUAUGUGCACAUAUUUAAGAAGUGCUAUGACUCACAUAGAUGGCCGAAUACAAGAAGAUUCUUUACUUUUCCUGGAUACACUUCUAUUGUGCACACCAGCCAAAGUUGCUCAGGAUUUCCAUAAAAUAAUUCCAAACUUUCUGGACAUGAUUUCUAAAUUAAGGGUUGAUUCAAAGCCAGGAAGAACACUGACUGUUAACUUGGGAAGUCAAAUAACUAGUGUGAAAUGGAGAGUCAAAGUUCUUCACCGCCUCAAGGACUACCUGCAUGAAUUUGUAAAAUACAACAAUAUUCAAGACUACAAUGGGCCAGUUGUUGACAUAACUAAGAUAUUUGACACCACUAAAAUGAAUCACUAUUCUUUAUUCAAUUCAAGUUAUAUACAAAAAUGCUCACUGUCUUGCUUUUCUUCUAAAAACUUGCAAGAAACAGUGCCAUUAGACGAAGUGGAAAAGUUCAGAGAAUACACUGACACUUUAAUGCCUUUAUUAUUUGAAACAUGGCUAGAAGUAUGUCCUAAUAUCAGCUCAGAGAAGAACAUUGAAACUGUAGUCAGUGAAGAUGCAGCUGCCUUGCUCAAUCACACCCUUGAUGUAAUAUCAUUGAUCUGGUCACUUGUAAAGCAUUUCAACACUAAGAGCCCAAGCUCAAACAUACAGCAUACAUUUUCACAAAAAUACAGGCAGCAAUAUUUACAACACUUUGUCAAUGCUUUUCCUUAUGUAACAAAUAUAAGGAUCAAACAGAGGUCUGUAACUAGUUCAGAAUUUGAAAACACUAUCAUUGAUCCCAAAUUAGUUGCUCAGAAUUUGUUAAUAUGUCAACUGUUUAUUUUAUUGAAUCCUAACAUAAAUGUGAAAAACCAAAACAAAGAUGUUUUGUCCAUAUUGAAGUAUAUUGAGAAGACUUUUCAUAAGAACACUCAAGCUGAAAUAAAUGACAUAAUCAUUAAGAUUUUACAUACAAUAUUUUCAAAUGAAGUAAAUAAUUGGACCAGAACCGUUUCAGUGAUGAAUGAUCUGUUCCAAAAGAUUGUUUGGGCUUAUUUUAAUAAGGAAUUAUCUAGCUCAUUUCGGCAAAAGAUAUUUAGCCUUUUAUGUAAGAUUGCUCUUAAUGACAAGCUAGGCCAUUUCCAUGAUUGUGAUGCAUACAACACAUGGUUAAAAAAUCUACCAGAUAUUUUGCUAGAGAAGACAGUAGCAGUACAGACGGUAGACAUUAUUCACAAGUUUGCUGUUCGAAAUAACCAAACAUUCAAUAUGGUUAUUAGGCCUAAGUUAUUAGAAAUAGUACAAAAUCUGCCAAGCAUUAUAAUAACUGAUGUAGACAGUAAUCAAAGUAGCUAUUACAAAUUAUUUUCAUUGUUAUAUUAUGUUAAAAAAUGGGAUGAUGAAACUCUUAAUUUACUUAGAGAUCAAAUUAUAAAUAGUGUAUACAAAAGUGAUUACAAUAACUACAUAUUUGAAACACUAAAAUUAAAAUCUGGAGAAAUCUAACAAAGUGUACUAAAGUAAUGAAACUAAAACAUCGUAAUUAUGAUAGUCAUUUAUUUCAAUAAACUCAAACACAAAGUAAUGCAAAAUGUGACAAUCAACUAGUAAAUAAAUAUACACUUUUAUGUAACUUUGAGGUAACAAAAUAAUAGGGUAACAUCAAAUUAAUAAAAAUGCACUAACAUUCCAUUGUAAAGGAUACAAAAUGCUAGCUGCACAACCAACUAAUUUGGAAGUAUUGACAUAUAUGGAAUUACAAAUACUUCAAUCAACUAAUAAUUACUUCAUAAUGAUUGUUUUUGUAGUUACAAAUGAGUAACUAAUAAUACAAGGAACUUUGAUAAAAUUCUGAGGAAAGAGGACAUACAUUUUGUGUGAUUUGUAAAAAUAAAUAUUUAUUCAAUAUUCCACAUUAUUUGAAGUUUGUGCUAUACCUUUAUCUUAUCUAUAAAACCUGGUGUAAAUGAGCUCAAAUUUGGUAUCACAAAACCAGGCCUCCUUUAUAAAAUUUAUAAUAAGCAAAUGCUUUUAUAUUCGAAGCCAACUCCAUUUAAUAUUUGUGAUUUUAUAAUUUCUGCCUUACCACAUUUCACUUGAUAUUCUCAUACAAUUCCGAUAUGAAGCCUCAUUGAAGCUGUUUAUCUAUUAAAUUCAUUAUUAACGACUAGUUUUAUUUUCUAUAAACUAAUUCUAUAAUAAAUAUGACUAAUACAAAAUAACUUCUGCUAGUUGUUGAGUCGUUUAGUGUCAAUUUGGCAAUUUUUGGCUAAAAUUAUAAAUUACCGAUAAUUAUAAUGCGAACUUGGUAUAGUGUUGGGUAACAAUGCUUAGUAAUAAUGGAUAACAGUAAAUAUAUAGGACUGAUAUGUCCUAUUGUAACGGCCUCUUGAUGGUCACUUUAAUAGUAAGUACCUAUUAUAAUGAGUGACUAACUUCACUUUACGAUUUUACAUUUCUUUAUAAGAUUCCCAAUGCAUAGCCAUACAAAACAUAUACAAAUACUGGCGUAAUAAAAGGAGGAUUAUUGAGAAUUAGUAUCUCAUAAAUAGUAUCAUAAAAAACAAUCACGCAUUUAAUGCCCAAUAUAAUAAAUAAGACGGUUAACCAUCGUUGAGUUUUACAUAUUUUAAUAAUUUAAUCGCGACUCGGUUGAGAUCAGUUCGAAUUCAAUGAAAAUAACUUUAAAUCAGUUGAACGUAACCAAAACUGGAAGCCACUUUACGUACUAAAAACAUAUUCGAUAUUAUUAUUAGCUUGAAAGCAGCUAAUGACAGUCGAGAAAUAUCAAUUAUACUAACCGUUGGCUAGGAAAGCCAUAGCCACGCAAUAGUUUCACACAAUAUUAAACUACGCUGUUAUUCACGGUAGGUAAACAAUAUAAAGAAGUAGUCAAUUUCGGGUUUAAUGAAGAAGAGAAUCAUUCAUAGGGUUGCUUUUUACCGCAUUUUUUAAUAUAUUACUAAUCAAUAAAUACCGGUUCAUGAAAUUAACAUCUAAGUGAGAUUCGCAUGCAGUCCUACCUUUGGCCAAUGUGGUGAAGGUAAAUAGUAUACAUUGAUCAGUGUCACUGCUUCUAAAAGCGCGCAAGAUUGGAAAAACAUUAUGCUCCCUAAUAGCUGCACAUUUUUGUUUAACUAGUUUUAAUUUAUGCCAAUAAAAAUAGUAUAGUUUUCCAGAAUAUAGAGAGCAUAAAUCGUUCUUACGAAGCUCGGCUAGAAGGAUAACGUAAUAAUUAUUGGGAUACAAUCUACUGUGUUUUCCUUUUAUUAGAUUUUUUUGCGCGAGGAAUGGUAGCAGAGGCCGUCAGCAUUGCCUCUGCAGCUUGUGGUCGCUUGAUAGUAGUGACGGUAGUACGGGAGGUCCGGCCGCGCGAACGUGCGCCGGCGCCAAGCGACGCAGUGCGAGUUAGCGACGCACUAUUAUCCGCACUUGAGUAGCCCGAGCUUAUGUCCUCUGUUGACUUUAUGUGACUGAAAUCUGGUUCGUCAGCUCUAGCUCGCGGUCUCACAUCAACAUCGACUUCAGGGAAAUACAUAGGAGAACGACUGUUCGACUCUGAAGCGCUGCGACGGGUGAUGAAACCACUUUUUCCCCCUCGUCGUAGAAGCCUAGGCUCGGUGAGCACGUCAUCGGCUUCAUCAGUCCCUCUCUCCUCGCGCGGAUCGCACUCCGUCAGGUCCGACAGGCUGUAACUGUUGCGUAUUUGCUGUACUAGCCCGCCUCCACCUUUUAUGGCAGUCUGCAUGAUAACCGUGGUCGCAUAGUUGACUCCUUUAGUGCCCAAAUUGAGCACUGUGUGGUAACCCUGAUCUUUGGCCUUCGCUAUGUACUCAUCUAUUUCUUGUUCCCGCCUGCAGAGUGCCGGGUGCACAAACUUCCUGUACAGUAUGGAGGAGCCCUUGGUGGCGGGAGACAACAGCCACAGUACCAGGACUAUCUUCACCUCGUAAUAGAAGGGAAACCAUGACAGGAACACGUCCGUGAACGUCUCCGUGCAAGUGAAUAAAGCAAACACUAUCCAAUACAUCAUCCAUUUUACGUAUUCCUUUAAGUUCUUAGUCCGGACAGCUUUGUAUGAUGCAUAAGCCGGGUAGAGGGUCCCGAAAACCAAUAUGACCAGUCGAGAAAUUAUCGACGAUAUCAUAUUAAUAAUCACUCAUGAAAAUUCACUCUCAAAUUAUCACAAUACAAAACAUAGCAAAACACAACCGCCCGAUGAAAAGUCUAAUGCGCCAUGAUGAUAUUGAAUUGACAGUUGUUUUGAUCACGUGACCG